GUGUAACCUCUAUUACCCCGCUUCUUUAGCUGCAGCCCUGCCUCUCUCACCUCUCUUCAUUCGCAAGGUUUCGCUCCUUCAUCGGUAAUCUUUUUUCAACAUCCCCUCGAAAUCCUUGCCGCCGCCUGGACGCACGAACAAGAACAAUGGUGUCUCAUCCCCGUCAGAUAGGCUGUAGCCUCAUCAUUUAUGAUGAUGCAGAUGAGGGCGCCACGAAGGUCAUUCAUUCAUCUCCCAACCUUGGGGUAAAUCUCAACAACAAGGGAGUUCGCCUAUCCUUCACUCGCGACCCGGAUCGCGGAACUUGGAGCUGGUAUAGCUCCGAUUUAGCCAUGACAGAGUCGACGCUGUACCACAUCACGAUCGAGCUUCAACCGCGCGGCUUCACCACUAAAUGCUCCCAACUUCCUUCUGACGACUGGCCCGCGUUAGAUAGCCACCUGGCUGGGGAUAGCAGCGGUUACAGACUUCUGGAGAUCAGUGUCUCUUCAAGCACCACGGUCACGGGAUUUGGUCUGCCUUUUCAUGGGGUGAAUGAGACUGUCGACAACUGGGUCAACCGGCAUACUCCGAUCAACGAUGCCAUCUCUCUGCCAGAGAUCCUCCACCGACGCACCUUUACUCUCUUGACGAAGGCUACUACCGAUCAGAUCAACCAUGUCGUCAACAGCAUCAACUCCCAAUCAAUCCCCCGCGACUAUGGAUACGGCCAAGAACACAGGUGGAACAUGGACCGGUACAGCAAACAGAUUCCCGCCAACAGAGGAAUGGCUUUUCCUCCAACGAUCCGCUUCAAGAACGAGAACGAGCGGAACACCGCACUUACCCAGACUCACGUGCAAGAUGUGUGGGAUUUCGACAACAACCCCGUCAAGGAGACCUCCGAAUUCGUGUGUCUACUGGAACCGAAAGGCAUUUUCGAACCCGAACAUUGGCGCGCCGCCCGUCGUGCUCUUCGAGGUGACUUGAACAUGAUUGAAGUCGAGUUUACCCGGAAACAGCGCGAUGGAGAGCACCGGUCUGGACCAGUCACAUUGAAAGCGGUUCAUUUGACAUACGCAACUGGUGACGAGCUCAACGGCAUCGAUAUUCAUAACCGGAUCCCUCUUGGUCUUAUUCGACCCGCCAAAGGACUGGAUGGUCAUGACUUUUGCCCCAUCGCUCAUAAAGACUACGAGACCGCUAAAGAAUCUCGACGCGACAACCUGAGACUUCUUCUCCAAUCUGGUCUUCACGGCGAUACCGAACGCGUCGGAGCGGUCCACGCUUUGAGCCACGGACGUAUGUUUCCUCUUGUAAUGAAGACUGAUCAUUUCACCAACCUCAAGAGGCUCUUGUUCAAUGAACUAUUGAUCGGGAAAGGACUUUGGGAUCUCCAGAAGGAUGGAGUAAACGUCAGCCUACCUCAGUUUGACCUUCUCCGAGAUGUGCCCCUUCAGAUCCGGGACGCAUGUCUCGAAAACGUCUUUGAAGAUGACAGAGAGCGAGUCAAGAAGUACUUCAGCAAGUUGCACCUUGGCCUUGGGUUGGUCACUGGCCCUCCUGGAACUGGAAAGUCCCACCUCGCAUCUGCCCUCAUCGUCCUCAUGUGUCUCAAUCCGUCUCUCCAUCAUAUCUACGUCAGCGCUUCUUCAAACGGUGCCACCGACAAUAUUCUCGAACGGAUCCACGACAUCGCUAUGAAGACGACCAGCAACCUCAUCGACCGUGGUCUCGACGUCAAACAUCUCAUGUUGGUACGCGGUUAUAGCGUCAAGACUGAGAUGGAGAACUGCACCAAGGCGUUGAUUGGACAGCCAAUCCCAGAGUAUAGUGCCUGGAACCCAUCACCUUGGAAGUUGGAGCAUUCACUUUGCUGGUGGACCUUGCGUGUAUUGGGUUCAAAGACCGUGCCAGCACUGAGUCUAGAAGACAACGCCGACCUAUUCGAUCUUCAUGAGCGACUCAACGCGCUUGCAUCCGAUUCGGUCUCCGAUGCAUGCCUUUCAAAGUUUCGCCACCUGGUAAACCUCGCUCGAGGGAUCUCCUCUUUUGCCGAAUACCGAGUCAGAGAGAAGCAAGAGAGCCACAAAAAUAUUCUUCUUCAACUCAUGAGACUCGUCCUUCGGUGUUCAAAUGUUGUCGCGACCACACCUGUGGUAUCAGCCAGUGAGAUAUACCAGUCCUUCAACGAAGAAGCUCGAGCCGUUGUCUUUGACGAAGCCGCCACACUCUUCUGUUCUGAUGGUCUACUUGCCUUUGGUAAUACGCCUCGACCUAUGAUUGCUAUUGGCGAUCCAAUGCAACUCGCACCAGUCCUUUCAACCGCUUUCGAACUGCUCCAAAUCAGACGACGAAAACGUUCCUGGGAGACUUGGGCCGAUCACAAUAGAAUGAGCCUCUACCCGACCAACCGCUUUGCUGGGUUUGCACAAAUCUCCUGGCUUUCAUGGUUCAUUCACCUCGGGUGGCCGGUUUUUCAUCUCUACACCCAGCAUCGCAUGGCUGAGGACCUCUUCGACCUUUCCCUGAACAAUGUGUAUACCAGCCUCAUACCGCAUUUCAAGUACAGCCCUCUGUGUCGCAUCACAAACUUUCCCAUCGGCAUUGACGUGGAGGACUACCUCCAACAGAAGUAUCACAUUCCAGCUCCUGCGAGUAACACCCUCGCGCCAGUCUUUUUCAAUUGUCGGGGGUGCCCGAUCCGCAAGUACCCCGACAGCGAGUCCCGCCUCAAUCCUCGACAAGCGGACCUCAUUGCAGACCUUCUUGUGGACAUGAUUCGGCAUCUGAAGCUGUCUCCGGCAGAUAUAGCCGUUCUAACGCCCUAUCGCGCAAACUUUCGAUCCAUCGGGAAACGGUUCAAAAGGGAGCCUGAGCUAUGCGACGUUGUGUGCUCCACCUUUGACACAUUUCAAGGCCGUGAGGCCCAGAUUGUGGUCCUGGCUUUGUGCGUGACGGAAGAAAGUGGUCCAUUAUUCGUCGGUAAUCCACGCAGUCUCAACGUUGCUUUGACAAGACAAAGGUCAGGCCUUCUCAUCUUUGGCGACAUGGGCGUACUCAACUACAAAUGCAACAAGGACGCUUCAACUGAUUUCAUCGGUGCAGAUUCCGGUCAAAAGUUCAAUCUCCGGAUGUUCCGUGAUGUUCUAAAAGCACUUCGCGAUAGUCGACGAGUUGUUCAACUUCAGGGAAAGCCUGGGGUAGAUCGCGAUGCAUUCUGGAAUGGUAUGGAGGGUAAGAAGAAAUGAUCCGUACUCUUGUGGACUGAGACGGAGAGCAGGGUAAUUGUGUAGCUGUUCUGGUAUUUGAGGUAUUUAAAUGUAAGAUAUUGUAAUAAUUGAGUUUUCAUGAUUGUCCUGCUUCUGUCUGGGCCCGAUUAACUGUAUUGAUUACUGAGCAGAGUUUUAGAUCAAGUUCUGGAAGCCACAAACGUUUCUUCGAAUCUUAUUGGCAUCACAUCAAAUUGGUGACGAUUGUAGGGUUGGAGUUCAUCGCGUGGAUCAACCAAGAUUUUAACUACCGUGAACAUGAGACAACUCUGAAGCCCAGACAAUAAAUGCGCUAUAUCCAGUAAACCACGACACU